AUGAUCCGCACUUUGAAGACCACUUUGUUACUGCGUUUGGGCAUUGCGCAGGGGAAGCCUCUCCCAACGACGCUCUGGGCAUCUGCAACUUCGAGGAUCAAAAUUGUGAAGAUGAAGCAGCUGAAGAGCCACACCUGGGGAUGCCACUGUUUAUGCCCUAUGGACGUCGUGGACCCGAUUGGCUUUUGCCUGGCGGAAAUUGGCGAGCCAACUUUCAGCCAAGAGGGGUUGUUAAUGACCAUGGAAGUGCGUCCUGAACAAGGCGCCAUUCUGCAAAGACUGCGCAGCGGAGAACUGGAUAUCGGGCAGCUACUGAAAGAGCAGCCUGCCAAAGACUUUGCAGUCGCUGAAGAAGCGGUAGAAGUGGCGCCGAAGAAGAUGCUGACCUGUCAUGAGUUUACACGAAGCGGGCAUGGUUUGAAGCACAUUGAGCAGUAUCUUCUGGAGCUGCCGCAGAUGUAUGAGAAGAAGUACAAAGGAAAGGAGUUGAUGUUGUACAAAAAGGUUUGCCUCCGCUACGAUCUGGAUUCCUCGAAGUUCUAUGCAGAUCCCAAAAACUGGGAGUCAGAGGACAAGGAUGUCAAGGACGAUGACGAUGGCACACCGACAGCUCCUACCUCAGGUUUUGCGCCUGCCGCCGCGCCCUCCGGAAGUCCCUUUGGUCCAGGUAUGCUAUUUGGGAAGGAAGCGUCUUCUGGAAGUCUUAUUUUUGAUAUUCUACCGACGCCUACGGAUCCAGACAAGAAGAUCAACAUCUUUGCCUGCAGCACACAGGCCGAAAAGCGUUUUGCCACAGCGGACGCGAUGACCAGUGGAGGCCUUGGAGGCGAAUCGAACAUCAGCGGCGGCCUUUUCGGAACUGGAGCAACGGCUGGCAUCUUUGGCUCCGGCAGCUCAGGAACUAGCCUUUUUGCUUCUGCCCCAGGCCCAAAGGCAGAUGAUCCGAGUAAGGCUGCACCAGCUUUCCCACCAAGCUUCCCCGGACAGUCCCCCUUUGGUAUGGCAUCGGAUAAGGCCCCAGAUGGCAGCUCCUCUGGGUCAUUGAACCUCUUUGGAGGAGAGGCGAGCCCGAGUACAGGCAGCGGAAGCAUUUUCGCGUCCAGUGGGCCGGGAGGUUCGGAUGCCACUUCCCUCUUUGGCAGCACUGGUAGCGGCUCCAGUGGUGCGAAGUUUGGGGUGCUGUGGUCGAUGAGGGAAGGGCACAGAAGCGAAUCCUCGUCGGCGUCGACAGGAUGGAUUCGACAUGUGAACGACGGUGUUGUUGCAGAUUCCUGGACGCCUUCAGGCAGUACCACAUCGGAACCAGACAAGGACAGGAAGGAUCAACAGGUUCAACGGGGUAUGGAUCUUCGGGACCGAGAACCUGGAUUCACUGGCUACCGAGGCUAUUGUGGGCACCCUGGGCCCGUCCCAGUUGGUCGUUUGGGAGUACCUGAAGCGGCUCAAGCCUCGGCUUCGGGGGAUCCACAUCAUUCCAAUCAGCAACAGACUGCUCAACGGAAUGAUUCGAAUGAGCCCUGUCUCUUCCAUUCCUACACCGGCUGUCUGAAGGGUCGCUUUUGUGAAUACUCCCAUCUUAUCCAUGCAGAUAAGGUGCAGGCCCCAGAACCUCGAACCUGGCGCGGCCCUGCCCGGAAUCGUGUCCGGCACCGUGUGACGGAUCUCCUCAGGACUGCGGAUGUGUAUUCAGUGCAUCAUGAACUACAAAAAGAGGCGAAGCAGUGCUCCUACGCCAAGGAGCUGAUCCGAAAGCAUUUCACGGGAUCUUCCAGCAGUACUCGUUUCUGGCUUUAA